GUGCAGUAGUCACUCCCUUCAAUCAAACCAAACUUUCAAAGUCAAUUAAAGGUUACAGUAGUAUAGCAAAAUAUUCAAAAAUUUCCAUUUCUAAAUUCUCGGUACUCGCUUAAAACUGUGUAAAAGCCCCACAAAGUGGCACCCCAAAAACAAGCAAAAUGUUCCUAGCGUCGACCCUGACUGAUUUGAGCAAGUUACCGAAGCCCGAAAUGCACAAAUUCCUCGAAUCAAUCGAUACUAUCUUGUUCGAUUGCGAUGGGGUGCUUUGGCUCGAAAACGAAGACAUUCCCGGGUCUGUCGAGACUGUUAACAGACUCAGGGAUAUGGGUAAGAAAAUUAUGUUUGUUACCAACAAUUCGACCAAAAUGAGGGAGGAUUUUGUCAUUAAAGCUAGGAAAAUGAAUUUUAUCAUCGACAAGGAUGAAAUUGUUUCAACAUCAUUCUUGGUAGCUUCCUACUUGAAAAACCUUGGAUUCAGUAAAAAAGCUUAUGUAGUAGGUUCUAGAGGAAUAGCAAAUGAACUAGACGCUGUAGGAAUUAGACACACAGGAGUUGGACCUGAUGUACUAAACUCUGUUACUGUAACCCUAGAAAAUUUUCAACCUGAUCCAGACAUUGGAGCGGUGAUUGUCGGUUUUGAUGAGCACUUCUCAUUCAACAAAAUGAUUAAAGCCUGCACAUAUUUAAACAACCAUAAUGUGAUAUUCAUAGCUACCAAUACUGAUGAAAGAUUUCCUGUGGGUGGUGAUAUUGUAGUACCAGGUACUGGUUCAAUACUAAAAGCCAUUGAAACUGGUGCCCUGAGAGAACCUAUUGUACUAGGGAAACCACAUUCUUAUAUGGCUGAUUGUUUAAUUAAGGAACAUGGUAUUGAUCCCAGUAGAACUUUGAUGGUUGGUGAUAGAUGUAACACUGAUAUUUUAUUGGGCACAAGGUGCGGAUUUCAAACUCUGCUGGUACUAACAGGAGUUACCAGAUUAGAACAAGUAACUAAAUGGAAAAAUUCUGGCUUGAAAGAGGACAAAGAUUUGGUGCCAGAUGUGUAUUUGUCGAAGUUAGGUGAUCUAUUAAAACUAAUAGAAUAAAUUUAAUUUGUAUAGAAAAGUCCUUAAAUCAAUUUUUUAAUUUAUUGUUUACUGCCAGCAUUUACUUAUAUUUUAUCAGGAAUAAAACAAAUUUAUUUUAUUAAACAUGGAAUAUUUAAUAUAAUAUAAAGAUCUUUGCUACAAGCUAUCAAAAAGUACAUAGCAGCAAGCUACAUACAUAGUGGACACUGAACCUAUUUACUCAAAAACUGUACAUGGAAUCAUUUUUGUGCAAUGAUAACUUUUAAUCAGAGUGUCAAAAUCUACUGCAUUCCAAAAAUUCAGCCAAUUUAACAAAAAGCCAUUUUCCAUAAGUGCAAGAUCUGAGGUCAAAAUAUUGUUCAUUCCAAAUCCAAAAAUAUAAUUUGUAACAUUCUUGGCAUGCGUGCGUGGCCUAUCAAUUCUGCAAUAUAUGGGAUGAAUUUAUCUUCCAAAUAGAAUAAGCUUAGGAAGGUAUAAAGUCUUAUAAAAUCUAACAUUAUAAAUAAAUAAAUAAAAUAGUUAUUUAAGUCUUCAAAAAUCUAAUAUACAAAUGGAAUUAAAGCCUUUCUUUUGCUUGGGAAGUCUUCAAACUUCUCCUUGUACCACCAAUGAGAUAAUAA